AUGGCUUUCUCCCUCUGUGUUACCCUGUUGAAGCAUACCUUGCUUGCACUUCUACUUAUCGUCAGCCUUGCGACAAAAUCAUAUGCGGCAGACUUUGACCAAUGUAAAGACAAAGUGCUUGUCGAAAUAGAAAGAGGCACCAUCGAAAGCACCUAUGGUUUCGAUAUUGUUUACCACGGCCCGCUUCGUGGCAUCGAUCCGUCGUAUCAAAACGAGUCACUAGCCCUGACCGUCGAUGGCUGCAUUGCUGCGUGCGGCUCGGGUCCAGAUCUGUGGAAUGCUUUCACCGUCUUCCAGAUUCUGACGACCUGGAUUCUGCCUAGUGUUAGCCUGAUUGCCCAGCUGCCAUGGGAGUCGCUCAAUACUCGCAAGAGGAGGAAUCUCGAGGCAUUGCUGAACUGGAUAGGCGCUCCCUCUGCAAGCUUGACCACAACCAUCUUCAACAUAUACAUGAUCAAGAAAUGCCACGAAGUGGCCAGAGAGUCGCCACCGACCGCUCGAAUGGACGACGCCAUGUAUAUCUUGAGCUGUAUCAAUCAGUACCAAUAUCCUGGUGUGUUGCAUGCCGCACAAUUGGUAAUGGGGGAACCGCACCCCAUGCCGGUGGGGGAACUCAUACUUCCAGUGAUAAAUCGCAAUAGAGCACUAUUGCAAGGAGUCUUCCGUCAGCUCCAGUUGUCUGUGCACAAUCCACAAGCCGACGAACAAGUGCUCCAAGCACGACUUGCAGAGCUCAACGCCACUCUUGCGUACCACCUGCGCCUCAACCGAAGGAGGGGCGUAUGGCCUCUCGCGCUCAACAUCCUAUGGUUCGGCGUCUCCUUGAUCAUCUCGGUCGCGGUAGCCUUUGCCGAUCUUGGUGACAACACCACCGCACACUCGCUCGCGCUCGGACUUCUACUAUCGUGGAUCCCCUCGUUGGUGGUGAUGGCCAUCGUUGAUCGAAAUCCCACGAACUCGAGGCGGUGCCGGGAGCUCAUCGAACGAUGGUUGUACAACGUUGAACAGGUCGUUCAGGCAGAAGCCGACGACCUAGUCCUAUGGAAUAGAGCUCUCGAACUCCAACAGCCUGGAUUGCUACGUCCAUAUGAUAUCGGGCAUUUUGUUGGUCAGGGAUGCUACCUGAGAUACUGCGGCGUCGCCAAUGCUGCGCUUAUGCAAUUAGAACGCGCGGGUGGUGACCUCAAUAUCCUCAAUCUUGACGACCUGGCCGGUUUCGAAGCCGAGCUGACAAAACGGCCGUACUCGUGGUUCAUCAUAUGGGCGUGCAGCGAGGUGAUUGUUGGCGUCAGUUUUGGCAUGGCAUUUAUGGUGUCGUUCAAUACACCAACGAUAGGGCUGGGGUGCCGCUCCGGGCUCUACUUGAUAUGGUACAUCCUGAGCUCGCUAUCAUGGCUCGUACUGCUGGCCAUCCAAGAGCCAUGGCGCUGGCUUCAACUGCUCAUGCUGUUACCCAACCUGCUGGCGGUCUUGUCACUGUUCGUCAUCACACUGUCCCAGGUGCUCGGCUUGCUGAACGGGUCUCUGUGCAAGUCGAGCACGUUCGGCAGCUCUGCGUUUGGCGGCUACAUGGACUUUGAGGGUUCCCUCUUCUACCGCAAGGCGUACGAUGUGACGGUGUUUUGGGCCACGGCUGCCGCCCUCGGAUUUCUCACCUCGUUCACCGUCAUCGCCUGGGCCAUGCGGCGAUGGAGCAAGAGCUCGCCGUUGUGGCGGAUCCAGGAGAAUGGCGGGCCGGAAGCUGGCGCGGAUAUCCCGCUGGAAUGGAUCAGAUGA